CAGAGGUUAUGAUUUUUGGCGUUCAUUUUGCUACGAGUUUGAUCAGAAGUGUGUCGGACUGGGCGUCUCCAUUAAUAUAUUAAAUUUUAACUUCCGUGAUUGUGUAAAAAGUUCACUUAACAUCAUGGAAAAUACAACUGUGGAAGAUUUCGUGGAUCAACUUCUAAGCAAGGAAGCUGGAGAAACACCCUGUGACGUAAGAACAGCCAAAGAUUUAGUACUAGUACUACCAAAAUGGUUCAACGAAGAAAAAUUCAAUCAGGCUCGUCGUUUCUAUUGGCACAACUGCUACGGCUUGACCCUGGCGAUGUUACUAGGAUUAGUGAAUGUGUUGGCCGUGCCCUCCAUACUGAAGAUCCUGCUGGGUGCUAGGCGAUCGAACGACGUGUACCCAGCCUUCAAGCGGUACCUCUCCACCUUUCUACACGCAGUCUCCUGGUUUGAGACAGACCUCAAGCCAGGCAGCUAUUCCUGGGAAUCAGUUUAUAAAGUUCGCAAACGUCAUAUUCUUAUGACCAAAGCGGCGAUGCUGAAGGGACACGGCAUUAUAUGUCAAAGAGAUCUAGCUCUGACGCUUUUUGGAUUCGUUGGAUUAUCUUUUUUAAAACCAGAUAAAUUCGGCAUAGAGACGUUAGAGGAAGAUGACUGGGACGCUUAUAAUCAGUUUUGGCGAGUCAUAGGAUAUAUGAUUGGCAUCGAAGAGAGAUAUAAUAUAUGUCGAAGUAAUGUCGAAGAGACGCGUCAAGUGUGCCGUUUAAUAUUGCACCGAGUGUACACUCCGUGUCUGAGUAAUCCACCGGAGUACUUCGAGUACAUGGCCCACAUCAUGCUGGAGGGGGUAUCCUCCGCUAACCCCACAGUCAACACGCCCUCCCUACUCUACUGGACAAAGUACUUAGCGGAGGUGCCAGGGUACGUGUAUACGGAAGGGGAGAGGAUUCAAUUCCAACAAUUGUUGAGAAACAAAUUGAACGGCAGAUCGGAAGAUACAGGCGUUGACUCUUCCACGUUAAUGUCGAAGCCUUUUAUUGAAAAAGCUAACAAUCGUCUCCUGUUCGUAAGAGAUUACGAUUCCUUCGAAACAAUACCAGAAUACAGAGAGCUGUCGAUGUUUUCUAGAUUCAAGCUUUUGUUUAAUUCGUUAUUUACAAAAGUAUACACCACAUACUAUGGUCGAAGAUUUUUAAACACAACAUUUCUGUUUAUUAUUAAGUUAAUGAAGGAACAUCCGAAAAUAAUUUUUUUUAUGUUGCACAUAAAGGUAUCAGCGAGAUAUCUAUUUAAUUUCCCCUUAGACAAUUCAGGUUUGAAACCUAAUUCCGCAUUUAAUAAAACAACAAAAUCACCUUGGUACAAAACUAUUUUAUCGUAUUUGUACCCGAAAAAAAUUAACAAGAAAGGCCAAGGACAUGAUCGUUGACUUUCAUGUUUUUUUUUUAAUAAAUGCUACUUUUAUUUAUUUUGACUGUUUAUUAAUUGUUUAUGUCAUAAUUGAGAUCGUCCUUGCAAAUCUGAGAUCACAGAUAAUUAUUUCUCAUAUUACACUAUAUCUGAUUUAUUAAAAGUUUUCAUAUUGAUUUAAUUAAAUUAUCAAUACAUCCGCGUUCCGUAACCGACACACGAGCAAAUUAGCAUUACCAUAGACAUUAAGUUAUUAAAACUUUCGUGAGACAUUAUAGUAUAUAAAUUAUAACACGACUACGUGCCUACACCGAAUGUUACCACGUGAGUUUAGCCGUGUUAUAAUAUGUAGUACCAUAGACAUCUCAAGUAGCGCAUACGUUGUUGUCUUUUAAUCGACAGAGGGGAUAUGCAGACAGAUAUCUUGGCAAUCUAUUAAAAUUGCAAGAUAGUUUUAAUCUUAAGUAGAUAAUACAAAACUUAUAAACACAAUAUCUACGCUAGUUCAUCUAGUUUUUUUCGACAAAACUUGCCUGUUUAUUAAAUUUAAGGUACUUCGCUUGUAGUCCAUUUUAAAUUAAAUAUAUGUAAGCUACUAGAGGAUUAUUUACAACCGUCACCCCGCUCUGUCCCCACGUGAGAAUGAAAAGUUUCAUCCGUCCCACCUUUUAGGCCCACUAUCACCAAUAAGGUUACAGAUGGAACUGAUAUGAAAUAAAAUAAGUUCCAGCGUCCUCUCGUCGCAAAAGUUGGGACGGAUCAAACUUUUUAUUCUCAUCUGUUCCUACUUGGGGACAGAGCGGGGUAACGGUUGGGAAUAAUCCCAGUUUUUUUCUACUAUAAUGUUAUGCAACGUAUUUUUUAAAGCCGUUGCCAGGAGACCCUGCCUUGCUGAGGAUCAAAAAACAUAAUCUAUAGAUACAUGUAAUAAAAUUGUAGUGUCUGUAAUGUUAAAAGAAAAAUUCCAUAUUUAAGGAAGAUGAUGUAUUUGCGUU